AGAGAAAGGGAGGAGGAGGGGGCGCAGGGAGGAUUCAACCCUCCACUACAUGAAACACACUAAAUGAGCACUGUGCACAUACUGACAGAUGAGAAUCCUUAAGAGGGCAUUUGUGUGAGAAAAGCUGUCUGAAUAGGUGUGACUGAAGUGUUUGUUUAAAAACGGUCACUUGGAGGAAUAAUCGUUGUCAUGGAAAUGGCUUUGCUCUUCUUCUCUUCACUCCUGGUGUGCGUGUCAGCUGUUGCUGACUCAAGUGAAAAUGACAACAAAAAGAUUGUUGAUAACCCUUUUAUUUACGACUAUGAAAGUUUGAGAAUUGGAGGACUGGCCUUUGCUGUGGUGCUGUUUACCCUGGGUAUUCUUCUUAUUCUUAGUCGACGAUGCCAAUGUGGUGCCAACCAGAAGCCCAGGGCCCCUGGGGAUGAGGAGGCACAGGAGGAGAACCUGAUCGUCUCCAAGGCUGCCAAAGAGACUCCAGUGGAGAACUGAGGCCCCGCAGCAGGACUGCAACUAGCUUCUGAAAUGCUGUUUUCACUGAUGUUGAACCACAAAAACAAUGAAGGAACUGAAGACCAUUACAAAUGAUUUCAUGACAGGGCAAGAAGGGGAAGUAUUCAAUUAGAGGUGUAAUAUGUACAUACAUUUGACGCCAUGUUGUUUUUUGCGACUGCCAGUUCCUCAGUGCUCUUGUCUAUUUCUGUGCCUUCUGUGACGGUCACCCAUUCCAGUAUGCUGUCUUAGUCAGUGACUCGUGUGACACAGGUUUGUCUUUAAAAUCUUUAGGACAUUUUCUUGUUGUGUGCUUUGCUGCUCAUUUUGUACUUUUUUCUCUUCACUUAAAGUUGAGGGAAUUUGUAAACCUAUCGUUUGUUUUGUCAGUUGUCCUGGAUGAUGUUUCUCACACUUUUGGAAGUUCAUUCAUAUAAGAAAUGAACAAAUAUAAGUAUAGAUGGUUUACAUUUUAGAUAUGAGGUAAUCUUUGUUUAUGUUUAAUGGUUCUGUGUUUGCGUGCACAUUGGUGUGUGCACGUCCUCUGUUUGUGUUAAUGUGCUUCCAUCACAAGUGUGUGUGUGUCAUUAAAUGUAGAUGUGAUGAGCCUUACAUAAGACAAUCUCAACUUUCACUGCUCUUUGAGUGAACACAUGAGUGAUUUGCAGGGAUCUGCACGGACCUCUCCACCACACCGAAGUGAGGAGAUUUCCUACAUCAGUUGUCUCACUGCCUUCUUUACAUAUCUAAUCCACUGCUGUCCUCCUUCAGGAUAAGGAGUCUCCGGUAGACUAUGAUUAGCUUCCCUUCUCUCAUUCGUGCCACAAAUCUGUGAAACCAGGGUAUUUUGGUUGUUUUCUUUACCACUUGUUGCAAAUAUCUGUGUUUCUUUUUUUUGUCGCUGUGUUUUUAAUACUUUGUUUGAAAGAACGACAGACAGGGUCUGAAUGCUGAACUAAUGUUAUCUAUACAAGUCAUGUAUUUGCUAGACUACAUUAAUAGUAGCCUAUUGUAAGCCAAAUCUUGGAGUAAUAACAAAGAAACAAUGCUUGUUUUGAAUCUAUAAGGUCAGGCUUUUAUGAGGUUAAAGUUUAUUUUAUUAUGUUUCAAAGAUAAUUUCUGUGGAAAUAAAUCAUGUGUGUUUAUUCUAUGCAUGUGACCUUGUUGUGUAGCAAGCUGUUGUACUUUUGGCAUCAGUCAAUCAAUAAAUGAGCGCUUGUUCAAACAAAA